AUGGGUAACGAGCUUCUCUACCAACUCACUACGAAAGAUUCCGAUGUGACUCUGAGGAUUGAGAUGAGGGGCGACAGAACGCCGUCAGCACCCGAACCCAACGCAUUUUGGUGGAAUCACUACACUAAAUUCAAGGUUGGUCCGGAAGCAUCUAACUAUAUGCUCCAAAGCCUUUACAUCGAUUGGAUGCACAUGGAGGGUAAUGCAUCUACGGGAUGGUACGAUAUAACGGCUUGUUUUUCUUCGCGUUGGUGCACCAUUCUCUACCAUCGACAGAAUCAACGACCCAACAUCGAGCUGCGUAACGAAGUACCACAUGGGGUCGGUGAAAAUCUUUACUUGUUCCAAACAGUCAAAAAGUGCAAUCAAGCGUAUACAUGGCGUUCAAACAGUACCAUUGCCAGAGGUAUGUUCUGGAUAAUCAACGGUUUCGACUACAUCAUCCAUCCGCGUGAGACCACCAUGAUGCUCAGGCCAACUCAAAAGCUGAUCUAG